GCCGCGGGUCGGCCCCCGCCCACGGUGCUGCUGCUGGGGGCGGCGGGCGGCGGCAAGAGCCUCUUGGUGCGGCGGCUACGCCAUAUCCACCGGGCACGGGGGCACCGGGGGGACUGGCGGGGGCGGGCGGGUCCGGGCAGCCCCUUCCCCUCCUCAGCGCGAGUCCUUAACGCGCGGCACAGCUGAGCGCCGAGGAGCCGGCGGGGCUGGGCGAGCCCCCGGCCACGCUGCCCACGGUAGGCAGGGCCCGGCGGGGCCGAGGGGCGGCGGGGGGCGGCGGGCACGGCCGCACCCAGCCCAGCGCCUGUCCCGCAGGUGGGCACCAACCUGACCGACCUGCGGCUGCCGCGGAAGGUGACGGUGCGGGAGCUGGGCGGCUGCAUGGGCCCCAUCUGGCCCAGCUACUACAGCGAGUGCAGCGCUCUUCUGUUCGUGGUCGAUGCCUCCAACCCCACCCAGGUCUCCUCGUCCUGCAUCCAGCUGCUCUCCGUCCUUUCGGCAGCGCCGCUCGCCUCCGUGCCCGUCCUGGUGCUCUUCAACAAGAUUGACCUGCCCUGCUACAUGUCGCUGCUGGAGAUGAAGUCGCUGUUCCGCAUGCAGGACAUCGUGUCCUGUGCCACACAGCCCAUCACGAUGCUGGAGACCAGCGCCCGCGAUGGGACCGGUUUGGCCGAUGUCCUGCAGUGGCUUCGGGCCACCCUUGGAAACCCACAUUGACCCCGACCCUGCCAGGUGCCUGCAGCAGCCUAGGACAAUUUUGUCACCAAAGGAGGUGGCCAGAGAGCAGCUGCCUUGCAUGGUGCUGGGAGCAGGGCCUGGAACAGUGUCACAGGCUGGUGACAGACUGUAUCCCUGUGGGACUUCACAGUAAAACUCUGACCAAACUGUC